UGCAGAUGAAGUCUAGCAAAAAUAACUGUCAUGUUAGCCUUUAAAUUCAAUUUUAACACACCUUAUUUGAGUAUUUGACAUAUCUCCAUUGGGAGAUAAUCCCUCAACGACCACACACGCAUUUUGGGAUAAUCUAAGGUGUCCCUCAAAUGCAUUUAUACUCCAAAUUUUAGCGUGUUUCGUCACCGCUAUCAGAGACAAUCGAACACAAGACCUCCCGCACAAACCCUCUUAAGCCUCGAGGCCUUGCCAUCCCGACACCUCUAAAUAAUCUGUGAUUUUGAUUUUGGCACUUGCACAUUACCCACCUCCAUUCACCUGAUUCUUAUCCAAUCCAAAACAUAUAAAUUACCAAAACUCAUGAAACGCAGAGACAAGCCAUACACAGAGAGGAGAUGAGCUCACAGCUCUUGCCAGUCACACCUCUGCUCUCCAUAACCAACACCAAAACACCAUCAUCACCACCACCCCCAAUAUCAACUAGACUUCCAAUACCAACAUCAACAUUUCACCAGCUUUCCCAAAGAAGCCACAUUCCUUCUCAUGUCUACAAGCACCCUACAGCCAUACUCCUCGAGCUCUGCACUUCCAUGAGAGAGCUCCACCAAAUCUUCCCCCUCAUAAUCAAGAACGGUCUCUAUAACGAGCACUACUUCCAGACCAAGCUCGUCAGCCUCUUCUGCAAAUACGGCAGUCCAAUUGAAGCCCACCGGGUUUUCGACGCCGUCGGGGACAAACUCGACGUUUUCUAUCACACUCUGCUUAAAGGGUAUGCCAAGAACUCCUCUUUAGGGGAGGCCAUUUCCUUCUUUUGCCGGUUGAAGCAUGAUGGGGUUGCCCCUGUUGUGUAUAACUUUACUUACUUGCUCAAGGCUUGUGGCGAUAAUGCUGACCUGAGGAGGGGGAAGGAGAUUCAUGGCUCUCUGAUUACCAAUGGCUUUGCUACUAAUCUGUUUGCGAUGACCGGAGUUGUGAAUUUGUAUGCUAAGUGUAGGCAGAUUGAUGAUGCAUAUAAGAUGUUCGAUAGAAUGCCUGAGAGGGACUUGGUUUCUUGGAACACUAUUGUUGCUGCUUAUGCGCAAAAUGGGUUCGCCAGGAGAGCUUUGGAGUUGGUUAUAAGGAUGCAGGAGGAAGGCCAGAGGCCCGAUUCCAUCACAUUGGUCACUGCAUUGCCUGCUGUUGCAGAUUUUGGGUCCUUGGUGAUUGGAAAGUCGAUUCAUGCCUAUGUUAUAAGAGCCAGUUUUGAGUCACUUGUGAACAUUUCUACCGCUCUUCUAGACAUGUAUUCGAAAUGUGGAUCUGUGGCCACUGCUCGGUCGAUUUUCAACAGGAUGAAUCACAAGACUGUUGUUUCCUGGAAUUCCAUGAUAGAUGGGUAUGCACAAAAUGAAGAUCCUGAGGAAGCAAUGGCGAUUUUCCAGAAGAUGCUGGAUGAAGGCUUUGAACCAACCAAUGUUACUAUUAUGGAAGCUUUACAUGCUUGUGCUGAUUUGGGAGAUCUUGAGCGGGGAAAGUUUGUGCAUAAAUUAUUGGAUCAACUGAACCUCGGAUAUGAUGUCUCGGUUGUGAAUUCUUUGAUAUCCAUGUAUUCCAAGUGUAAGAGAGUUGAUAUUGCUGCAAAAUUGUUUAGAGGCUUAAAGGGUAAGACCAUCGUCUCAUGGAAUGCCAUGAUAUUAGGUUUUGCACAGAAUGGUCGCGUCAGCGAGGCUUUAAGUCACUUCUGUGAGAUGCAAUCUCAAAAUAUAAAGCCAGAUUCGUUUACAAUGGUGAGUGUAAUUCCAGCUCUUGCAGAGUUAUCAGUUACACGUCAGGCUAAGUGGAUUCAUGGACUUGUUGUAAGAAAAUGUUUUGACAAAAACGUUUUUGUGAUGACUGCUCUUGUUGAUAUGUACGCGAAAUGUGGAGCUGUCCACACUGCAAGAAAACUUUUUGACAUGAUGGAUGACCGGCAUGUGACAACAUGGAAUAGUAUGAUCGAUGGAUAUGGAACAAAUGGGCUUGGAAAGGCUGCUGUGGAACUGUUCAAUGAAAUGAAAAAGGGAAUAAUAAAGCCAAAUGAUAUAACAUUUCUAUGUGUGAUAUCUGCUUGCUCUCAUUCAGGUUUGGUGGAAGACGGUCUUCAAUUCUUUGAAAGCAUGAAGGAUGACUAUGGCUUGGAGCCUGCAAUGGAUCACUACGGUGCGAUGGUUGAUCUUCUUGGUCGAGCUGGCCGACUAAAUGAGGCUUGGGAUUUUAUUCAAAAGAUGCCUAUGGAACCUGGCAUUACAGUCUUUGGGGCAAUGUUAGGGGCUUGCAGAAUUCAUAAAAAUGUUGAAUUGGGGGAAAAGGCAGCAGAUAAAAUAUUUGAGUUGAACCCUGUUGAAGGUGGGUACCACGUUUUGCUUGCUAACAUAUAUUCCACAGCUUCAAUGUGGGACAAGGUGGCCAAAGUGCGAACAACAAUGGAGAAGAAAGGGCUCAAGAAAACUCCAGGCUGCAGUUUAGUGGAUUUAAAGAACCAGGUUCACACUUUCUAUUCUGGAAGUACAAGCCAUCCCCAAUCCAAGAGAAUAUAUACUUAUCUGGAGACACUGGGAGAUAAGAUCAAGGCUGCUGGUUAUGUGCCAGACACAAAUUCAAUUCAUGAUGUGGAAGAUGAUGUCAAGGAGCAAUUGCUAAAUAGCCAUAGUGAGAAGCUGGCUAUUGCAUUUGGACUCUUGAAUACUACCCCGGGUACAACAAUACACAUUCGAAAGAACCUACGAGUUUGUGGUGAUUGCCACAACGCAACCAAGUACAUUUCACUAGUAACUGGAAGGGAAAUCAUAGUGCGUGAUAUGCAUCGGUUCCAUCAUUUCAGGAAUGGAACUUGUUCUUGCGGAGAUUAUUGGUGAGUGUGCGUUCACACAAUUUUUAUUCUUGGGAGCUGCAUAUUGGUCGCUGUAGAUUCACAAAUUUAAAGUGUCAUUGAAUCGUGGAAAAGCAAAGCUUUCAAUAAGUGAUGCAGAUUGGAGGUUAAUGUGGCGACAGAUGCAAUUGCUGUAUAAUUACCGUCACAGUUUGUCAGAAUUAAGAUUAUUAGAUUAAGAGAUACUCCAAUUUUGCACUCACUGGAAGAGAAAAGUUUCCUAAUUUUUUGUUCUUACGUACUAGAAUCAUAUCUGAUUUUCCCUUUUUGGGUUACAAACAUAUUCUUUGGAAUUGUAGGGUUCAAUUAAACUUUUGGCAAAUCCAA